GAGGGCCAAUUAGUAGCCCGAGUGUGUGUGUGUGUGUAUGUGUGUGAGUGAGCAUGUAGAGGAAACGCAUGCAGACGAUGAACACCAUACGGAAGUUUUACAAGCAACAAGCACUGACAGAAACUGCAACACAUCGUACUUAAGUUUUAAACGUGUCUUCAGGAUCUCGGAGAUGUUUCCGUGUCGGAGCCAUUCACAUAUCUGAUACGGCUGUGGGAGUUUGUUUGAUGGUUAUCUGGGCACUCAGGAAGGGAAGGGAAGGUCGUGCGCAUCUUCAUUAGCGGUGCUUUCCUGGGAUUUAUUUUUUUACUCUGGACUUUUUUUUUCCUCAUUGGAGUGGAUUUCUGUCACAGACUCAGAUUUUGGCACUGAAUUAUCCCAACAUGAGCGUGUUGCUCGUAGUAGCUGCUCUGGUCCUGACGCUGCUCCCUGCUCAGUGUUCCAACUCAGGAACUACAAACAGCACCUCUAAAGUAAUCCUGUUUCAGGAGGUGUGGGGACGAAGCUUCUGUCACACCAUCGAGACACUGGUGGAUGUAGUACAGGAGUAUCCUGGGGAGGUGGAGCACAUAUUCAGCCCUUCGUGCGUGCCAUUGGUCCGUUGUGCUGGUUGCUGCGGAGAUGAGAACCUUGAAUGCCAUCCCACGCUAACCUCUAAUGUCACUAUGCAAUUAUUAAAGCUGAAGUCAGCAGAGCAAGGCCGGGAGUAUGUGGAGAUGACUUUUGUGGAGCAUAAAAGCUGUGAAUGUAGACCAAGAAAGCGUACACCACAACAUGACAGAUUUUAUCUUUUCUUUAUUGUAGAAGGAAGCCAAGAGGAAGGGGGAAAAAAAGAAAGGAGAAACAGAGAGUAAAAAACUGUGAUGGGUGCCAGCCUCCUAGAAGGUAAACGCUGUCCCUUCCUGUUCUCUGCCUAUCCCAUACUGCCUGCCCCUUCAGUGUACUGCCAGCCUCUUACAGCAUCCUGCGUCACCUCAACCACCGGAUCCAAGAUGCACCAUUGUUGUGAUGGGGAGGUCAGGGGAGGGACAUUUUAUAUACAGGAAGUGCCUUUAUGAGGUCAUAACCUCAGAUGUGCAUCUCACAAAUCUGCUGAGGAGCAUAACAGUGGUGGACCAGACCUCUAACGUCUGAGCUAGAACAUGAGCACACAGGACACUGGCUAUAUAAAGUAAAAAGAUUGACAUUAUUAUUAUUAUUAUUGUUAUUGUUAUUAUUAUUAUUCACACUAUCUAUGACAUAUCACAUCUUAUUUAUUGCUUACAAACCAGAAGAGACAGCAUGUUUGGUUGUUUUUGACUGAAUACUCUGCUGAAGUUUGGCAUGAGUACAAAUUGGGAUUUUAUUAUUUUUUUUUAGAUUAAAACUUAUCGCCAAAGACAGUUGGUGUUGCCAGGAAACCAACAAUCUAGAUUUCUUAUGUUUUCUUUAAUGAGAUAAGCAGUAAGCUUCUUUGCUUUUGUAUUAAUGAGUCCUGAGAGUAAAUUUAAUUACUUAUGCAAUAACUGAAAGCUGAUUGUUAUGCAAGAAUUGAAAGUUGGGACAAUGACCAAGAAACUCCUCCCUCCUUUGCUAAUUCCCUGUUCACACAUGGAGUUUUCUCCCACUGACUCUUCCCUGUACCCCAAGACCCCUCCACACAUGUAUUGUUAGCAGACUGUCUGUUGGUUUGGCAUUCUAGCUCUCAGAGCUCCAGCCUAACUUCUCUUGAUUGUCAUUUCAUGCAAGCAUUCACCCCACAAACCAAGUUCUCAAGCUUGUAUAUCUACAUUCCCAAAGCGUUAGAUGUCAAAUUGAGUUCUCAUAUGGUUUGUACAUCAACAUAGUGACCUCUUCUGGUAUUAUGAAAGUAAUUCAAUAUAUUAGCUAUUUUCCAAACGUAAACAAACCUGCUGUACUGAAAAUAUGAUUUAAGUAGUGACAGUUUGAGUCAACUAAUGUAGAGUGUAUAUGAUUUUGCAAUAUGAGGGACGAGUGUAAAUCAACAUUAACUGAGGUUUAAUGAAAGUAUAUUAUUUUUGUCUAUUAAAAUGUUUUUUUAAAAAGAUGGGUUCAGGUCAGCAUCAUGAUUAGACUCAACCAAAAAAAAUUUAAAUAAAAAAAUAAUAAAUAAAUAAAUAAAUACCACCACCACCUGCUGCUACUUGGCCUUUAAACAAAAAAAAGUGACAAUAUCCGUUUAACAGUGAUUACCUGCCUUUAUAAAUCAAAUGAUUAUUGUGUAAAUUCUUUUAUUUUUCAGAUUAUAUUAGCACAUCACCAGUUAUAGGAUUGUAUGGACUUGAACUGGUAGCAUUUUCAUUGCAUUGCUUAACACAAGUUUUUUUUUUUUAUUAUUACUAUUAUGGGUCAAGAGUUUUAAACUUAUUUUCAGUUUCAUGUAUAUUGUAUAUAUUUAUGUACAUUAUUGAUAAUGUAUUGCUAUCAUGCCACUGCUAAUAAAUAGAUAC